AUGAGCUCAAUACAAUUGGAAAAAGCGAACAAAGCGAAACAUUUUCUUUUCGUACCUCAUGGAAUCUGGGGACACUUAAGACCAGCUAUCAACCUUAUCCCGAAUCUUUUGAUACGAUCAACUGAAGCUUUGGUAACGAUUCUAGUCCCAGUGGCACACCAUCAUUUGGCUUCUCAGGAAUUCGAAAAACACAAUUUGCACGACCACAAUCGAGUGAAGGUUGUAUAUUAUGAAACGAAGGAAGAUGGAGAUGAGAAGAGACAUGCAAAGACGAAUUUGCAGGGGAUGAUGGUCUUUUACAAUGAUAUUGUUAAGAUGUUGUCAGAAAAUUACGAGAAGAUUUUAAAGUCCGAGCCUAUACACGAUGCAUAUCUCGACAAAGAAGUUUCGACUCACCUUAUUUCCCCAAAUGUAGUUAGCGUACAAGUUCAAACUACCCCGUAUAAGAUCCCGAUGUGCGAGGAGAUAAACAAGAAGUUGGGUAAAGAAGUUAAGAUGGCAUUGUGGUCGCCUGUCAGUGGGAACUACACUGCUUGGGCUGUUUGUGAUUUGUACGAAGGCAGAACUUAUAGAGACCGUGUGGAGAAGAUUUUUCAGGUUCCAGAGGCAGAUCGUACUAAGGCUUAUAACGAGCAACUUGGGGAAAAUGAGAAUGUCGUACAUGUACCGGACAACGCGCCUAUCUAUGUAUUCGAGGCACAGCCUAAUCAACCCGAUAACUUUUUGAACAUUGUACUUGGCUGUCUACCCGUUUUACCUCGAGUAACGAUGAUCCAUUCCUGGCCUUCGUUUUUAGGUCAAGGAUAUAAGAAAGGUGCGGCUGAUCUGGGUAUCAAAGUACUUCAGAUGGGUCCACAGUUGCCUAAAUCUUCAAUUCACGAGACUGAACUGGUAGAAGGUGCACUUAAGGAAUUCCUCGAUAAGGCCUUGAAUGAGACGGGUGAGAAUAGCGUGAUUUAUAUUAGUUUCGGUACAUUGCUCUACUCUGCCAAUCUCCAACAACUCUCGAUCCUCCUCGACGUCCUGAUCACUUUGGAUAAGCGAUUUAUUCUAGCUUUAGGUCUCGCAUCGGAAGAGAUCCAAUUGGUGGCCAAGAAGAAAAUCGACGAAUCUGAUGGUAAAGGGAUAUGGCUGAAUUGGGCACCUCAAUAUCCGAUAUUAAAACAUAAAGCCACAGGAUGGUUUUUGUCUCAUGGUGGUGCUAAUUCAACAAUGGAGGCUAUGAGGACUGGUACCCCUUUAUUAUUUUGGCCAGCGGAUGUAGAUCAGGUAUGGAUCGCCAACCAAUUUUCACGUAUAUACAAAGCGGGAUACGAAUUCCUCCAAGUUCCGAAUGGGCCAAGUAUCGGUAGAAUCACCUACACGGGUGUCAAGGUCCAUGGUACAGAACAAGCCAUCAGAGAUGAGUUUACAGAUGUUUUUGGUAAGCUUGACGAUGACUUUGGGAAAGAGUUGAGAGAGGGGAUCAGGGUUUUGGGUGACAGGAUGGAUAAUGAUCCGUUCACUGAGGAGGAUUGGAAAGCUUUUGUUGAACUUUGA